CAAAAUUAUACAGUAAUGACAGCUUUAAUUAACUGUCCAACCCCUUGAAGCCCUAAUAUAUAUACGUACACCCUCUCUUCAUUUAUCUUCACCACUCUCUUUUGGCAAUACUUCUAUCUUAAAACUUCUUACCUAAAAUAGAAAUUUGAUUUUUUGAGAAAUGGCUUCAAAAAUUUCAGCCUCUCUUGUCAUUUUCCUCACAUUCAACAUUCUUUUUUUCACUUUAACCACCGCAUGUGGCGGUGGCUGCAGUUCCACCCCUAAACCCAAACCUAAGCCCAAGUCCACCGGAAGCUGCCCUAAAGACACUCUCAAGCUCGGCGUUUGCGCCAAUGUUCUCAAGGAUCUUCUCAAAAUUCAGUUGGGAACACCACCAGUGAAGCCUUGUUGUUCGCUCCUCAAUGGUUUAGUUGAUCUUGAGGCUGCCGCUUGUCUCUGCACCGCCCUAAAGGCUAAAGUUUUAGGCAUUAAUCUUAAUGUUCCCGUCUCUCUCAGCCUUCUUCUCAAUGUUUGUGGCAAGAAGGUUCCUUCCGGCUUCGUAUGUGCUUGAUAUAUCUAUCCACUCUUCGAUUGGUUAUAAUGUUUUAAAUUUUCUUUCCAUGUUUUUCUUUGAUUAAUAUUCUUUGAAUUUUCCCAUUUUCAGUGUUGUUUCUACUUCUUGUACUGUUUACAUUUUAAAUUAAAUUGCUCAGAAAUAAGAUUGUUAAAGUGAUUAUAAUCUGCUUCUUCUUUCGACUUUUCUUCUAACAUUAAUUUUACUUAUAUUAUUUUAACGGUUGAAAGAGCAAGAAUCUUUGUCUACCUGAUCUAUCGAUUGAAAUAUACAUACUAGAAAAGUGUAGCCCUGGAAUUAUUUUAUAAUAAUUAACAAUACUCAA